AUGAUUCAAUCUGAGCUUUCAGAGAUUUUGGAUGGCUUUACCCCAUACUAUUGUGCUGACAAUGAAGAUAGUAUAGAAGCCAUACUUACAGAUCGUGAAGACCAUUCCUUACACAAAUUCAUUGAUAGGAAUGAGACACCUAAGUUUGAUGAAAAGACUGGCUCACAUAUACGGGUAAAAAAAGCAAUAUAUCCAAAAGAUGGAACUAUCUUUGACUUUAUGAUUUGCCCACCCAAUGAUGAAUCAGAAGUUAUUGACAAUUCUUUAUUAUGUGUUCUGAAACCGAAUGUCAAAAGACAUCAGAAAAGGAAUAAUAAUACAAAUGGAUUCAAAGCUCGGCCAGCAGAUAUGAUUAAUUCUGAUAUUAUAAAUCCUAUUCUUUGGUAUACAAAAAAUAUAAUCUCUGAAGACUACUUAAUGAUAGAGCACAAAGGUCUUGAGUCUAAAGUAAUAAAGGAUUAUGCAGGAUUUAUGGUCACAAGCAAUUAUGAUGCUCCACUUCAGAUAGAAAUAGGAGAUCAUCAUAUUCAUUUAGACAAAGCACUGGAGCAUCCUGAUGUGCCAAGUGUAGUUAUAGCCUAUUUAAUUAGUUUUGAUCUUUCAAAUUGGAGUCCACAAGAGAUCCCAUUCACUAAAAUAAAAGUUGAUUUAAUAUAUGAACAACUUCCUAAUCUAAUUCGAUUUAUAAUUGAUUAUGUUGCACCUUGGUCUAAUGAUAAUGUAGCCAGACCAAGUCGUACAUUACUAUAUCAAAAUUAUUUUGAAUGCUGUAGAGAAAAUAGAGAAAAACCAUUGUCUAGUAAAGUUGCUGAAAAGAAGUUUUCUCAAAUUGGAAUUGAGAGUAAACAGGCACAAGUAGAUGGUAACAUCAAAGAAUUUUCCGAUACACCUCAACCCAACUUACCUGAAAAUGCAGAAAAGAAUCUCCCUUCUAGUAAUAAGAAAGUAGAUAAUCAGGACAAUGUAACCCAAGCUCUAUUUGAUUAUGUAGUAGAAGAAACCAAAGCACCAGUUGCUUCAAUAUCUGGGACUUCCAAAACUUCUAAGAUGUCUAACCUACCUGAGCCAAAAAUUAAUAAGCGGUCUCAAAAGGGCUGGCUCGAAACUAGCAAGCUUUCUGAACCUAUUAAGCUUAUAAGUAGAGUAGCGCCUGAUACACCUUCUAAAGAAACUGAUUAUUCUAAGCCUGUCAAUGAAAUAUCGUUUGCUAUACUUUUAAUUAGAGCCCAGCAUGAAAAGCACCUCAGAAAAAGGGCAAUCAAACUCAGUGAAGACUCUGAUAAGUUCAUGACCAUCACAGAAAAAGACAGACUCGAUUUCACUGGAAUGGCAAAAAAAUAUAAGCAUACUUCAGAAGAACACAAACAUGCUCCCAAACUUGAUGCUCUACUUCCUGAUUGGAUGACUCGCAGGUAUGUUAAAGUCACCCUUGCCAGAGGUACUAAUAACAGAUGCUCAUUUAGUAAAGAGCAGAUAGAGGCUCUCCUAUCAGAUAAGAGAAAGAAAAAACUCACCAUAGAGGAAAGGACAAAAUAUUGCGCUAAAAUUGGCAAUGCUAUAAACAUUUUCGCCUAUCAUUUGGAUUUAGGCCCAAAAAAUGAUUAUAAAAAUGAAAUAGUCGCCACAAGAGUACUUAAAAGAAUUCAGAAUAUGGAUGUUUCUAAAAUUCCAUCUAAAGAAGAUCUUAUGAAUGUAAUUGUGAUGUUGAGUAUGAGACCUGCAAAGUAUAAAAAAGGUUAUUCUUGGUACUAUGUGAGCUAUUUAAAAAGUAGAGAAGAGAAGAAAAAAAAUCCCAAGCCUCGACCAUUUCUUUCCAUGGAGAAGAGCCCGGAAUAUAUUAGAGAAUUACUCACUUGGAUCCAAAAUGCAAUCAAGGCAAAAAAGUUAGAUUAUAGAAGUAAACAUGCUUUCAGAAUUCAUGGUGGUAAGAAACCAACUUCCCAACAUCUUAAACUGCUUUUGAGAAUCACAAUGAGACAAGAAUCAGAUCGCCUUGAUGCAAGUGAUAAUUAUGUUAUAGGCGAUACAGAAUUAGAAGAGUCUAACUCUGAACCAGAGACAGAUAACAGUUUAAAACCCCAAAUACAGACUUCUUUACUAUUUCAAAGAAUAGAAAUAAAUUCAAUGUUAGCUGAAAUUGAUGCAAUGUUAACUGAAAUUCAGAAAUAA